AUGAGCGGAACCCCUGUGAAACCCGAGCCCACAAGCCUUCCACAUCAAACCGUUGUACCAAAUAUGGGUAAGACAUCUCAAAAAUUAUUAGUUUUCUGUUUUUAGUGACCACUCAAGCCGGUCAGCCGUUUGGCUACAACCCACCGGUGGCGAUUCCGCCCACCGCUCCUCAUCAUCAGCACUGUUUCACGCCCCAAGAACUUGUGCAAUAUGGAGCUCGAUCCGCCGUGCCGCCUCAGCCAGCAGACCCGCUGUUCACCGCGUUGAAGGCUGUGAAUGCUGUUGUGGCUGAGGUGAAGACUGAGUUGAAUCAUGAAGUUCCUCACGAGGUGAAUAAUUCAGUCCAGCAAUUGCAGCCUGCUUUUCCGACGGAUCAAAGUGUAGAAGAUGAAGACAAGGAGAAUAUUGCAAAGUCUGCAGGGCAAAAACGAAAGAAUGUAAGAUUUUGACCUCUUCUUGGUCUUAAUUUUUUGUUUUUGAAAUUUUAGGUUGCUUCUGUAUCUGGUUUGAUAUCCAAUGCCUAGUAUAACAUAAAAUUUUCAAAAUUUUUAUGUGCUAUGAGUUGAAUGGCGAAAAAUAUUGAUGUUUACGUCCUGUUAGCGUAGUAAGAACGGUUCUGUACACUUUCGCUACAAAAUUUGGCGUUUUGUUGCCUAGUGCAAUAUAAUUUUUGUCAAAUUUUUAAUGUUUUGGUUAAGAUGCUGCAAAUAAGUGUCAUCUAUAGUAUUUUGAUUAAUCAUUGGCUAUGAUUUUUACUGUGUAAUUCCAUCUUUUUGUCUAAAAUACUUCCUUAGAUUUGCAGGUUCACACGAUUUUUCUUGUAUAUUGUGAUUAAAAUCGAUUUUCAGACCUCUUCCGAACCCAAGCAGCCCAAGAAACGUCGUGAAUCCAAGCCGAAGGAACCGAAGCCGGCCAAACAAAUUAUUCCUCUACAUCCAACUGUCUUCACUUUUUCCUUGGAUGGCCAGUUGUCCAAGAGCACAGAAGGCCAAAAUAUUAUGAAUUUCCUGAGAGAAGGAGGCUGGCCAGGAGCUACAGGAAUCAAAAUGUUGUGUUCGCUGAUCUGCGAUCCAAUUAUGGACUUUUGCGCAAAGUAAGAAUGUGGAGGAAUGGGAAGCUGGGGGAAAAAUACUGGGUGAAAUACGGAGAUUUAUUGCAAAUGGGAGUUUUUUAAAGCGGGUAUUGCUGAUAUCAAUAUUUUUUUGUUUUACGAACUUUCAUAUAUUACUUUAGAUACCUCCAGAAAACAAUUUUCAGUGUUGCACGAUUAACUUUAAUUUUCAGACGCUACUAUCCCACCAGACGUGAGCUCCGGGAGUAUUUGACGCAUCUUCUGAGAGGAUUCCCUCAAGCCAGUGUGGACAGUUUGGUUGGAAAUGGAAAUGACAAAGGUUUCAUGGAGAAGGCGGUGUAUAACAGAAGAAGAAUCAGAAUGGGCAAAGAGAGUGGAAACUGA